AUGGAUGUCAUGGACCACAGCUCCCUUUCCUCCCCUGCCGUCAAGCGUCGUCAUGCCCAAUCCAAGCGCGCAGUCCUUCGGCGCCGUGGCACCAACUACCUUGUCAGGUCUACAGCGAAGCGCUUGAUAGAGUCUAAGAACCACGCCAUCUAUCAACAAUUCUCCUACCAGCAGUGGCCAAGCUACCAUUGCCUCUCCGGUGCCUGGCAGGCCCGGCGAAAGGACGGAUCCUCUUCCGAGGACCCCCGGCCUCUCCGAGCGCACGUCGAGCGUGAUCUUCACGCUGUCAUCACCGCUUCGCGCGAGCAGCAGCGCAAGCGUGGAACCCGCGCCCCCGCGGUAUCACCUCGUAACGAAGAGGAAGAGGGUCGAGACCUCGCUCGCAGCGCUAUCGCGCUCCCUAGUGAUGCCUCUCGCCUUGUGAGGCGACCCAGCUUCGAACGGGAGGAUGCUUUCCGCGUUGCGAGCACCGCGAAGGGCAAGGUCCAGACACGGGCUGCCCCCAAGAGCGAGGACGCGCAGAUCGCAGAGCUGUACCACAAGGGCCUGCUGUAUGAUGGUGAUGAGCAGCAUCCUGAGGAAGCCUUCAACCUCAACAGCAUCCAGCAUGAGGAGCCCGUGUAUACCAUUCGUCCUGCAAAGCGUGGCCGCAAGUCCAAAAAGGCCUCCAAGCCUGCUCUUGUCCUCUCUUACACCGACCUCGGUGACUGCAGCGCCUCGGCAAAGGCCUCAACAGGUUGCGCAUCUGCCGAUGAUUCAGCGGCCAACGAUGCCUUCCCUCCUCUUCGCGUCGUCUACGGGCAGAACUCGUCAAACCCCAGCUUUGACGUUGAGACGUCUCAGCUCCCGGAUCUGAUGCACGAUGACAGUCUUUCUGACUACGACUGCUUCACCGAUCACGAGCUUGAUGAUGAGGUGCCAUCCCAAACGGAGAUUGUCGAGAGCGCAAACAACGCGUCAGAGACUUGGAUCAUGCUGGGUUGA